UGAUGAUGAGGAGUGGCACUGGUGGGUGCAGUAACACUCAGUAAACCGGGGGGGUCGCUAAAUGACUUUCUGCAAACAUGGCUGCCCAGGAUGAACUCAAUCAACUGGAGCGUGUGUUCCUUCGUCUGGGCCAUGCAGAAACAGAUGAACAGCUACAGGACAUUAUCUCCAAGUUCCUACCCCCUGUGCUCCUCAAACUCUCCAGCGUUCAAGAGGGUGUGCGGAAGAAAGUAAUGGAGUUGCUGGUCCACCUGAACAAGAGGAUAAAAAGCCGACCUAAGAUUCAGCUCCCAGUAGAAACUUUACUGGUGCAGUACCAAGACCCUGCAGCAGCCUCCUUCGUUACAAAUUUCACCAUCAUCUACAUCAAAAUGGGCUACCCCCGUCUGGAGGUGGGAAAACAGUGUGAGUUGGCCCCCACCUUACUUACUGCCAUGGAAGGCAAACCACAACCACAACAGGACAGCCUGAUGCACCUGCUGAUCCCGACUCUUUACCACAUGAAAUAUCCUACAGACGCCUCCAAGAAUGCUUUUCCAUUCAACUUAACUGAGCGCCCAAAGACGGUGCAGCUGCUGCUGGAGUUCAUGUUAGAUGUUUUACUGAUGCCCUAUGGGUUUGUGCUGAAUGAAUCCCCAACGCGCCCCGCCCCCUCCUCUUCUGCGGAUGGUUCGGUGGCUGCGUCCGGCCAGGGUCUUCCUCAGCCUCCACCUGGGAUGAGCGUCUACGCUGCCAAGAGGGUUAUUGGAGAGGCCCAGUGGAGCGCCGAGCAGCUGGAGCAGUGUAAGCUGGGCAUAGUGAAGUUCAUAGAGGCAAAGCAAGUCCCAGAAGUGGAGACAGUGGUGCAUCUGGUGGUGGCGUCCAGCGACACCCGACACAGCGUGGCUACUGCAGCUGAUCUGGAGCUGAAGAGCAAACAGAGCAUCAUCGAUUGGAACAAUCCUCUAAUCAUCAACAAGAUGUUCAAGGUGUAUCUGGGGGAUGUUCCCCUUAAAACAAAGGGGGGAACAGUGAAGCAAGAGCUGAAACACGAGCCAGUGAGCACUAGAGUCAAACUGAAGAUCCUGCCACAUCUGCUGCGCUCACGCCUUGCUGCAGAGUGCUUUCCUGCUAAUAUUCAGGUUGUGUAUGACGGUCUGUUUGGAGCCAACACCAACAACAAACUGCUGUCUCUGACCUUACAGUUUGUCCAUCACAUCUGCAUGGUGUGCCCUGACACUAAUAAGCCUUUGGGACUGAUGCUCCUAAACGGUCUUACCAAGCUCAUUAAUGAAUACAAGGAGGAUCCGAAGUUACUCUGUGUUGCAUACUCUGCUGUUGGGAAGCUCUCGAGCCGCAUGCCACAGCUGUUCACAAAGGAUAUCGCUCUUGUCCAGCAGUUUUUUGAGUCCAUGUGUAAGGAGGAGCCAGAUGUUCGUCUUGCUAUUCAGGAGGCUUUGUCCAUGAUGGUUGGAGCUUAUGCCAACCUGCAGGGGGCGCUGCUGAACCUGAUGGAGGCCCUGGUGGCUGCGUAUAUUGUAAAGCCGGAGGUGCAGGUUCGCCAGGUGGCCAUGAAGUUUGCCAGCACAGUCUUUGCACCUGAUCAUGUGCCAUCAAGAUACCUGCUGCUGUUGGCUGCUGGAGACCCGAGGGAUGAGGUGUGCGGGGAGGCUCAGAGGGUGCUGAGGGCCUUUCCUACCAAGAGCUCAGAGAAAGAGGGACCAAAGCCAAUGCCCUCCUUUCCUGAUAUGGUGGCCUAUGUCCAGGAGAAGGCAUCACAGAGGAUCAAGACUCCAGCUAAAUACAUUGUUGGAACUUCCACCAUUCCUUUCAACCCAUCUGCAUUUGCAGAGAUUGUGCUGUACCUGAGGAUGUGCAUGGCCUACAGUGCAGGGGCCACGCCCCUCUCCACACGCCUGGCAGACAUGCAGGAUGAUGCGCCCGCCAUCGGCCGCUACGUCCACACGCUGCUGUCCUCUGGGCCGCAGCCUUCAGUGUCAAAGGGUUCCGACGCAAAUCCAGUGUAUGUCUACAUGGAUCUGCUGCAGCAGCUGCUGUCUGCUGUAGGAGGAAUCCCAGUGAUGUACUGUCUACUGGAGGUGGUGUCUGUCUGCCCAGAGAAACUGGCUCCCAAGUUUGUUGAUAAAAUUGACUGGAUCAAGAGUCUGAUGAACACAAAUAAGGAGGACAUGAGGGAACUGGCAGCCCAGCUGUACGCUGUGGUGGUUUCUACAAUGACUGGCAACGAGCUGCAGAUGGCUGUGCACAACCUGGUCAAAAUCACCAAAGACAACCACAGUCCUGAGACCCAGCAUGGCGCCAUCUUGGCUCUUGGCUACAUGGUGGGAAGAUACAUGAGCAAGAAGAAUGCUGUCACUUCUAGUAAAACCAGCCACAACAUGGAGCAGCAAAUGAGCAUCACCUCCCAAGAAGACGAAGAGCUUGUUGCCAUGGCCACCAAGACAAUUGGUUCCUUCCUGGACAGCAGCAGUGCUCUGCUGGCUGUAGCAGCGUGUACGGCGCUGGGAGAAAUCGGGCGGAACGGCACCCUGCUGAUUCCUGCGGAGGGCGACGGCUUCACCAAACUGUCCACAGUGGACAACCUUCUGGCUCGCAUCCCCUCUGGCAAGGAGAGCACCAAGAUGAAGGAGCGAUCAAUCCAGACUUUGGGCUACAUACCAGUAGGAGAUGGAGACUUCCCUCAUCAGAAGAAGCUGCUGCAGGGACUCAUGGACUCUGUAGAGGCCAAGCAGGUGGAGCUGCAGUUCACAGUUGGAGAAGCUAUCACCAGCGCUGCGAUAGGAACCAGCUCUGGAGCUGCUAGAGACCCGUGGACCUGCACUGAGGAACAGUACAGCCCACCAUACAAUGUGAAAAACAAUGACGUGGUUCCUUGGGUCCUGAACUCCAUCCUGUCCAAGUACAUACCCAGCCAGAACCCUCAUGUCCGGCAGGCAGCCUGCAUCUGGCUGCUCUCUCUGGUCAAGAAACUCAGCCAACACAAGGAAAUCACGUCCCAUUUGAAGGAGAUUCAGGUGGCGUUCAUCUCUGUCCUCUCAGACCCUGAUGAGCUGAGUCAGGAUGUGGCAUCUAAAGGCCUGGGCCUGGUCUAUGAGAUGGGUGGAGAGGGUGACCAGCAGGAACUGGUGUCCACUCUGGUGGAAACACUCAUGACUGGCAAAAGAGUGAGACAUGCUGUUUCAGAAGACACAGAGGUCUUCCAAGGAGAAGGUUUGGGAAAAACACCUGAUGGCCACAGCUUGUCAACAUACAAGGAGCUCUGCUCAUUGGCCAGCGACCUAAACCAACCAGAUCUCGUCUACAAGUUCAUGAACCUGGCCAAUCACCACGCCAUGUGGAACUCCCGCAAGGGAGCAGCUUUUGGGUUCCACAUGAUCGCAGCCAAAGCCGGAGAGCAGCUGGCUCCAUUCCUCCCCCAGCUAGUGCCCCGUCUGUACCGCUACCAGUUUGACCCCAACCUGAGCAUCCGUCAGGCCAUGACUAGCAUCUGGGAUGCUUUGGUCACUGAUAAGACCCUGGUGGAUAAAUACCUUAAAGACAUCCUACAGGAUGUCAUUUCCAACUUGACCAAUAGCACCUGGAGAGUACGUGAGUCCAGCUGUCUGGCCCUCAAUGACCUGAUUCGCGGCCGCCAAGCUGAUGACCUCAUUGAUCACCUGGCAGAAAUGUGGGGGACGUUGUUCAGAGUCCUGGAUGACAUCAAAGAGUCUGUGAGGAAGGCUGCAGACCUGACACUGAAAACACUCAGUAAGGUGUGCACUCGUAUGUGUGAGUCUUCAGGCUCUGCAGCCCAGAAAACUGUGGCGGCGCUGCUGCCGACUCUGCUGGAAAAAGGAAUUGUGAGCAACGUGUCAGAGGUUCGCUCACUCAGUAUCCAGACUCUGGUGAAGAUCAGUAAGACAGCUGGUGCCAGACUAAAGCCUCACGCUUCCCGACUCAUCCCGGCCCUGCUGGAGGCCCUCAGCACCCUGGAACCUCAGGUCCUCAACUACCUCAGCCUCAGAGCCACGGAGCAGGAGAAGAGUGCCAUGGAUGCUGCCAGGCUGAGUGCUGCCAAGUCCUCUCCAAUGAUGGAGACUGUUAAUAUGUGUCUACAGCACCUGGAUGUCUCAGUGCUGGGAGAACUGGUUCCCAGGCUCUGUGAGCUGCUCAAGAGUGGAGUAGGCUUGGGCACCAAGGGCGGCUGUGCGAGUGUUAUAGUCUCCCUCACAGUGCAGUGUCCCCAGGACCUCACCCCCUACUCAGGUAAACUGAUGAGCGCUCUGCUGAACGGUAUCCAUGACAGAAGCACUGUGGUCCAGAAAGCGUUUGCUUUUGCUCUGGGUCAUCUAGUCAGGACAGCGAAAGACAGCAGUGUUGAGAAACUACUACUGAAGCUCAACACCUGGUAUUUGGAGAAAGAAGAGCCUGUGUAUAAGUCAUCAUGUGCGUUGACCGUGCAUGCCAUCAGCCACUACAGUCCUGAUGUGUUGAAGGGACACGCGGGGGUGGCUCUGCCGCUGGCCUUCCUGGGGAUGCACCAGGCGCCGGGUCCUGAUGAGGAGAAAGGAGAGAGCCAUGACGCCACACUGUGGGCUGAGGUGUGGCAGGAGAACGUCCCAGGAAGCUUCGGAGGCAUCAGACUCUACAUGACGGAGCUGAUUGCGAUCACACAGAAAGCGCUGCAGUCCCAGUCCUGGAAGAUGAAGGCUCAGGGUGCAGCUGCCAUGGCAACCGUUGCCAAGGAACAGACAGGCUCAUUGGUGGCACCACACCUUGGCUUGGUGCUGACAGCUUUAAUGCAGGGACUGUCUGGACGCACAUGGGCUGGCAAGGAGGAGCUGUUGAAGGCCAUCGGAUCAGUCGUGUCCAAAUGCAGCGCGGAGCUCCAGAAGCCUUGCACCGGCCAGCCCUCCAUCUCUGAGGUGUUGGAGGUUGUGUUGAAGGAGUGUCGUAAGGAGAGUCUCGUGUAUAAAAUGGCUGCUCUGCGCUGCGCCGGAGAAGUGCUUCACAGCAUCCAGGAGGACCGUUUCAGCGACAUGGCCGACAUCCUUUUCCCUCUGAUCAAGAAGAGCUGCCCAGAGAGCGGUGGCGCGUCGCCGAGGUCACUGGAUGAUGAUGAUGAUGAUAGAGAUGUGAAGGAGAAAGAGCUGCAGACUGAAGCUCUGCUCUGUGCUUUUGAGACUCUGGGAAAAUCCUGGCCGAGGAACUCAGAGACUCAGGCUCGUUUCCAGGUGGAGGUGUGCCAUCUAAUGUGUGAGAAGCUCAAGCUAAGCACCUGGAAGGUGCAGCUUUCUGUUCUCCAGUCCAUGAAGGCGUACUUCAAAGGGUUGUUGCUGCUGGAGAAAGGCUCUGAAGACUUGGACGCUCUCUCUCAGAUCCUCACAGAGACCUGCGCUGCUCUCACACAUCCUUUAGAAAACAAAAGUUACUCGUCUGUGAGGACGGAGGCCUUGUCAGUGGUGGACCUCAUCGUGAAGAAGACUGGAGAGAGUGAACAGUGGGACUGUGUGUCUGUGAAGAGCCGGGAGCAGCUGCAGCGCUCUCUGUCAACGCUGCAGUCAGACAGCAGACCUGACCUGAGGGAUAAAGCCCAGGAGCUGCGCAGACACAUCCAGAGCCAACCCUGAGCACAGCCCCCCCCCCCCACCCCCCCGAGCCAGCCGGCCGCACACACACACACACACACACACACACGCAGUUACAAACACAACAAAAUAGAGCAUCAACUUCUUUUGAGUUCAUAAUCAGUUAAACUAAACAUACAAACCAUUAGCACCCUCUCCUUUCAUACAGCUGGCUUCUCUUCUACACAUUAUUCACAAAUCUCUCCGUCAUGGCUUUACUCAUCCAUGUGACCUGCGGGCUCCACUCCAGCUGACUGACGGACCGACUGACGGACGGACGAAGCUUGACCUUGAAGCUUGACCUUGAAGCUUGAAGAGAACAAAAACAACUUGCUCCAGAUCUUUCCUCUGACAGUGAUGAAGGGCGAGGCUAUUGUAAUGUGUCAAGUUUUAUUUGGUUCAUUUAAAUGGACAGUAAGAUAAAGAUAAUAAAUGCUAUAUAAACCAAUGUGUUGGGUUUGUGGACACUGUAUACCUAUAAUAGCCCCAAAUGGGGACUUUUACUACUGUUGUGGGUUUGCCUACUCAUUAAAUAUCUCCAGGUUUUUUAACCUUGGCUAACACAAACUGGUCAGCUCUCGCUCAGAGAGGAUGAGGACGCCACCGCGGCGUCUGUCCUCCCUCCUGGUUGAAAGGUGAACGAGUGAGACAGCUGAUUCUGUGAAGCCAUGAAAAUAAAUAGAAUAAAAAAAAACCCUGCUGUUAAGUUGAAAGUGAUGCUAUAGUUGUUUGAAUUUGUCCCUGAUGAAAUAAAAACGACCUUGACAAUUUG